AUGGGAACCACUUCGGCGUCGUGCGAAGCACCCACGGCAAGCCCUGGCUGCGAAUGCGACAAAGCCGGUCCCCAUGUGAAGCCUCGUCUCCGUGUUGGAUGUGCCAUCGGCAUCGCGGCUGCUCCCAUCCAGUUCGCGCUGGCAAAUCAGCUGAAUGUGGAUGAGCUCGCCUUUCACCUGCAUUGGGUCAAGUGUCCACCCGAUGCAGAUGCUGUGCUUGCAAUGUUGGGUGCGGGGCUUCUGGAUCUUGCCAUCUUGCAGACAGAAGACGUCGUUCAAGCGGUGUCCCUUGGCAGUUCACUGCGGAUUUGUGGCACGUAUACUUCGUCACCUCGACGCUUUGGGCUGUAUGUCUCCAGCCUCAAAGCCCAGGAGGCACCAAGUGAGGUGCUUAGAUCUCCCUGCGGCGUGCUUCACAACUGCCUUGGUGCGCAGCUGGCUGUGCACAUGCUAGGCCAGCACCGCGACUGGCAAGCACUGGGUGGCCUGUACCUGCGACCCCUCUCGAGCUUGGAGGCGGCGAAAACCGCUAUUGCUUCCGGGCGGGUGGAGAUGGUCUUGUGGGAGAAGUAUUUGGCUUAUGAUUGCGUCGCAUCUGGCGAGUGGGUAGAGGUGUGGCAAGCAGACUUGCCCUGGUCCUCGUCACUUUUCGCCGCGACGAAGGAGGCAACUUACGCCAAAGCCCAGAGCGUCCAGAGAUUUAUCGAUUGGGCUAAGCAGGCGGCCGAAGAUUUCCUGCAAGCCGAGUCCGUUGAGGAUGCAGAGAAACUGCUAGCAAGCACCUACCGGCUCGUAGGCGUGUCUGUCAUCGUUUGGCUCAGCUCCGUUUCCUGGGCAUGCCGCUGCCAGGUGCGACGUGAAGAUCUUUCGGCGGCUCUUCAAAGUCUCACCAAGGCAGGUCUCUUGCGCAGCGGCACAUUGGAGCCUCCCGUGAGGAGUUUGGCGAAAGGCUUCUGCGCCUUGCUCGGCGCAGAUGAGGCUUUCGGAGACACAGCCAGACGAGAAUUCACUGCUAGGGGACGCAUGCAGCCAGGUAUGGGUUCCCUGGCCAACAUCUUCCGCAAUUUCGACUCGAAUUGUGAUGGCUUUAUGACGUUUGACGAUCUCAUUCACGGCCUUGCCGAUGCUGGAAUGUCAGAUCUCUCCGAGCACCGAAUCAGGAGGCUCUUUUCUGACUUGGAUGGCGGCACGAAAGGUCGAGUCAGCCUACGGCAGUUUUCCAAGUCUCAACCUCAGAGCCUUGAUAUUGCCAUGGCCGAAGACUUUGCUAUUCCACGGGCCAUUGGCAUCAGCACUAAUCAGCAUGCCCUGGGGCCCGAAGCUCAACUUCCUGACAGACCCUCUCUCUAUCACCUAAGCUUUCUGAGGAUGUAG